AUGUCCCACUUGUACGAGUGCCCCCUGCGGCUGGAGAAGGGCUUUAUCUUGGACGGGGUGGCCGUGAGCAGCGUGGCCCGCGCCUAUGACCGCACGAGGCCCAAGCUGUGGUCGGCGAUUCCACCCUACAACGCGCAACAGGACUACCACGCGCGUCGGUACUUCCAGAGCCACGUGGUUCCGCCCAUCUUGCGCAAGACCGGUCAGGAUCAUGGCGGCACAGGAAGAGACGGCUGGGUAGUAGAUUAUUUCCACAUCUUUGGGCAAGGACAGCGGUACCUUAACAGGAGAAACUGGGCAGGGGCAGGGCACUCCCUCCAGCAGGUGACCGGCCAUGACCACUACAACAGGGAUCUGAAACUCGUCACCGGGUUCAACGGCCGCUUUGGCUACCGCCGGAACACCCCAGCCCUCCGCCAGCGUCUGUCUGUCUUCGGAGAGGUCACGCCAUUCCCCCUCUUCUAACAGCCUCUCUCCCCUCCCCUGUCCUCCACCUGAAUUGCUAAGACAGAUGUUUAGAUGGACUCUCAAUGUGAUUUUACAUGUAAAAAAAAAAAAUCUUA